CAUGAGCAAGUGUCCCGCCUAGACAAGGACUGCUGCAUUUGCUCGUGCUUCAAACCAUGGAUUUCGAUUAAACGCUCAUGAAUUUCGAUUGAGAAUAAUAGAAGAAUACAUACAUAUAUAUAUAUAUGUACGUGUGUGUGUGUGUGACCUGCAGGGAGGGAGAGAGAGCGAGAGAGAGCGAUGAUAAUCUCAUUUCCUUUGUUUCGGUUCUCUUCCUAAUUUCUGUCUUCUUCACACUUGCGUCUUCUUCUACAAACAAACGCAGUUCCGUGUUCCGACCGGAAUUCUCUCUGAAACACAUUAAAAUUCCUCUAUCCGACAAGAAGACGACAAGGAAAUCCAGACGGAGAUGAGCAAACUGGUGGUAGAAGUAGUGGAGGCGAGAGCUCUGAAGGCCAAAGACGGGAAUGGGUCGGCCAGCCCUUUCGUCGAAGUCGAUUUCGACCAACAGCGUCAGAGAACGCAGACUCGGCACAAAGAUCUCAACCCUCACUGGAACGAGAGGCUCGUCUUCAACGUUGCUGACCCCACAGCUCUCCCCGACAAGUCCAUCCAUGUCGCUGUCUACGACCACAACCACCGCAAGUUCCUCGGCCGUGUCAGAAUCUCUGGCAUCUCUGUUCCCUUGUCGGAAUCCGAGGCCUCCAUCCAGAGCUACCCUCUCGACAAACGCGGUCUCUUCUCCCACAUCAGUGGCGACAUCUCCCUCCGAAUCUACGCUCUCCCUCACGGUGGCUCGGAUGUCGCUCAGUCGAUUCCCGUGGUGGAUGAACCAGCCGUGGACGCGAAGAAAUCUGAAUCCUACGAAAACCCGUUUGCGGAAAUCGACCGAAACGCUAAAGCCGAAGAAGUUUACGUCGAGAAGAAGCCGGAGAAGGAAACUAGGACGUUCCACUCCAUCUCGGCGGCAGCAAAGCCAACAACUCUGCCAGAGUUGAGGACGGAUUUCACGAGGGCACCAGGUCCUCCGGCGAUGCAGAUGGUACGAGGGCCGAGACAGAACCCGGAGUUCCAACUGGUGGAGACAAGCCCUCCACUGGCGGCGCGUAUGAGACACGCGACCCAUUUCCGCAACGGAGACAAGACAGCGAGCACUUACGACCUGGUCGAGCAGACACAUUUUCUCUACGUGAACGUGGUCAAGGCCCGAGACCUUCCUGUGAUGGAUGUCUCUGGCAGCCUCGACCCUUACGUGGAAGUGAAGCUCGGCAACUACAAAGGAGUGACAAAACACUUGGAGAAGAAUCAGAAUCCUCUCUGGAAACAGAUCUUCGCCUUCUCCAAAGACAGGUUACAGUCCAAUCAGCUUGAGAUCACCGUCAAAGACAACGAGGCUUUGACAAAAGACGAUUUCGUAAGGAGAUUGAUAAUCGAUCUGUCGGAAGUGCCUCUUCGGGUUCCUCCCGACAGUCCUCUGGCUCCGCAGUGGUACAAGCUCGAGGACAAGAAAGGAAUGAAGACGAACAAAGGAGAGAUAAUGUUGGCAAUAUGGGUAGGGACACAGGCUGACGAGUGUUUCCCCGAGGCUUGGCAUUCGGACGCUCAUACCGUGAGCCACCACCCGAACCUUGCGAUUACACGGUCUAAGGUUUACUUCUCGCCCAAGCUGUAUUACCUGAAGGUAUACAUCAUAGAAGCUAAGGAUCUGGUGCCAUCUGAAAAGGGACGAGCAGCACCAGAGGCAGUGGUCAAAGUGCAGGCAGGGAAUCAGAUGAGAGCCACGAGGACUGCUCAGAUUCGGACAGUGAACCCGCAGUGGCACGAUGAACUCAUGUUUGUCGUGUCUGAACCGUUCGAGGACAUGAUUGUCAUAUCGGUGGAUGACAUGAUCAUUCCAGGGAAAGACGAGAUUCUGGGAAGGGUGUUCAUACCCGUUAGAGAUGUGCCCGUGAGGCACGAGACGAACAAAAUGCCCGAGGCACCACGGUGGUUCAAUCUUCAGAAACCUGCUCUGGCUAUAGAGGAAGAGACUGAGAAGAAAAAGGAGAAAUUCUCGAGCAAAAUCCUCAUACGCCUCUGUCUAGAAGCGGGGUACCACGUUCUUGACGAGUCCAUGUAUUUCAGCAGCAAUCUUCAGCCAUCCUCGAAGUAUCUUAAGAAGCAAAGCAUAGGAAUUCUGGAGCUCGGGAUUCUAAGUGCCAGGAACUUGUUUUCCAUGAAAGGCAAAGGGCAGAAGACCGAUGCCUACUGCGUAGCGAAAUACGGUAACAAAUGGGUGAGGACAAGGACUCUUCUCAACACACUCGAACCCCGAUGGAACGAGCAGUACACUUGGGAGGUCUUCGACUCAUGUACCGUCGUAACAAUCGGCGUAUUUGACAAUGCUCACAUCAACGAUGGUCAGGACCAGAAGAUCGGGAAGGUGAGAGUCCGGCUAUCAACAUUGGAAACCGACAAGGUUUACACCCAUUUCUACCCAUUAUUGGUACUUACACAGUCCGGCCUAAAGAAGUACGGGGAAAUUCAUCUGGCUCUGAGAUUCACCUGCACUGCUUGGGUGAACAUGGUGGCACAGUACGGAAACCCGUUGUUGCCGAAGAUGCACUAUGUUCAACCGAUACCUGUCAGACACAUCGAUGUGCUUAGGCACCAGGCAAUGCAGAUAGUUGCGGCAAGGCUCGCAAGGGCCGAGCCACCUCUGAGGCGUGAGGUUGUGGAAUACAUGCUUGACAUGGACUACCAUAUGUUCAGUCUCAGGAGAAGCAAAGCCAAUUUCACCAGGAUCAUGUCGCUGCUCUCGACUAUCACUAUCGCCUGCAAGUGGUUCAACGAUAUUUGCACAUGGAGAAACCCAAUCACGACGUGUCUGGUUCAUAUCCUGUUCUUGAUCCUGGUCUAUUACCCGGAACUAAUCCUGCCUACAGCCUUCCUCUACCUCUUUGUGAUCGGCAUGUGGAACUACCGGUUCAGGCCAAGGCACCCACCACACAUGGAUGCACAUCUGUCCCAAGCUGACCAUGCGCAUCCAGACGAGUUAGACGAGGAGUUUGACACAUUCCCCAGCAGCAAAACCUCAGACGUUGUCAGAUUCAGGUAUGACAGGCUCAGAAGUGUUGCGGGCAGGGUCCAGACAGUGGUGGGUGACCUCGCAACGCAAGGGGAGAGAGCUCAGGCUCUGCUGAGUUGGCGUGACUCGAGAGCCACAACUAUAUUUAUUGUCUUCUCGCUGAUCUGGGCCAUGUUGAUCUAUGUCAUACCGUUCCAGGUGAUCGCAGUCCUCGUCGGGUUUUACAUCCUGCGUCAUCCGAGGCUUAGGACCAAGAUGCCUUCAGUACCUGUCAAUUUCUUCAAGAGGUUACCAGCCAAGACAGAUAUGCUGCUGUAAGGAAAGAGUGAA